GUGUUUGUGGAGCUGAAUGAGUUGCUGCUGGACAAAAACCAGGAGCCUCAGUGGCGGGAAACAGCACGCUGGAUCAAGUUUGAGGAGGAUGUGGAGGAGGAGACGGAGCGCUGGGGGAAGCCCCAUGUGGCCUCCCUCUCCUUCCGCAGCCUCCUGGAGCUCCGCCGGACCCUGGCCCACGGGGCCGUGCUUUUGGACCUGGACCAGCAGACCCUGCCCGGGGUGGCCCACCAGGUGGUGGAGCAGAUGGUCAUCUCCGACCAGAUCAAGGCCGAGGACAGAGCCAACGUGCUGCGGGCCCUGCUCCUGAAGCACAGCCACCCAAGUGACGAGAAGGACUUCUCCUUCCCUCGAAACAUCUCAGCCGGCUCCCUUGGCUCCCUGCUGGGGCAUCACCACGGCCAGGGGGCCGAGAGUGAUCCCCAUGUCACUGAGCCUCUCAUUGGAGGUGUCCCCGAGACUCGGCUAGAGGUGGAACGAGAGCGGGAGCUGCCACCCUCAGCCCCACCGGCGGGCAUCACGCGCUCCAAGUCCAAGCACGAACUGAAGCUCCUGGAGAAGAUCCCCGAGAAUGCCGAGGCCACAGUGGUCCUUGUGGGCUGCGUAGAGUUCCUGUCCCGCCCCACCAUGGCCUUCGUGCGGCUGCGGGAGGCCGUGGAGCUGGACGCGGUGCUGGAGGUACCCGUGCCCGUGCGUUUCCUCUUCCUGCUUCUGGGCCCGAGCAGCGCCAACAUGGACUACCACGAGAUCGGCCGCUCCAUCUCCACGCUCAUGUCCGACAAGCAAUUCCACGAGGCAGCCUACCUGGCUGACGAGCGGGAGGACCUGCUGGCCGCCAUCAACGCCUUCCUGGACUGCAGCGUGGUGCUGCCGCCCUCGGAAGUGCAGGGCGAGGAGCUGCUGCGCUCCGUCGCCCACUUCCAACGCCAGAUGCUCAAGAAGCGGGAAGAGCAGGGCCGGCUGUUGCCCCCUGGGGCUGGACUGGAGCCCAAGUCAGCACAGGAGAAGGCGCUCCUGCAGAUGGUAGAGGUGGCAGAUGCAGUGGAAGACGAUCCCCUCCGGCGGACGGGCCGGCCCUUCGGGGGCCUGAUCCGAGAUGUGCGGCGCCGCUAUCCCCACUACCUGAGCGACUUUCGGGACGCGCUCGACCCCCAGUGCCUGGCUGCUGUCAUCUUCAUCUACUUCGCCGCCCUGUCUCCUGCCAUCACCUUCGGGGGCCUGCUGGGAGAGAAGACUCAGGACCUGAUUGGGGUGUCAGAGCUGAUCAUGUCCACGGCGCUGCAGGGCGUCGUCUUCUGCCUGCUGGGGGCCCAGCCGCUGCUGGUGAUCGGCUUCUCCGGGCCCCUGCUGGUCUUCGAGGAAGCCUUCUUCUCGUUCUGCAGCAGCAACAACCUAGAGUACCUGGUAGGCCGCGUGUGGAUCGGCUUCUGGCUGGUGCUCCUGGCCCUGCUCAUGGUGGCCCUGGAGGGGAGCUUCCUGGUGCGCUUCGUGUCCCGUUUCACCCAGGAGAUCUUUGCUUUCCUCAUCUCCCUCAUCUUCAUCUAUGAGACGUUCUACAAGCUGGUUAAGAUCUUCCAGGAGCACCCCCUCCACGGCUGUUUGGUCGCCAACAGCUCUGAGGUGGACAGCGAGAACAGCACGUGGCGUGCGACAGGAGCUGCGCUGGGACCAGGGAACGGGAGCUCUGCGGGCCCAGCCGGGCAGGGGAGGCCCCGGGGUCAGCCCAACACCGCCCUGCUGUCGCUGGUGCUCAUGGCCGGCACCUUCUUUAUCGCUUUUUUCCUGCGCAAAUUCAAGAAUAGCCGGUUCUUCCCUGGCCGGGUGCGGCGGGUGAUUGGGGACUUUGGGGUGCCCAUCGCGAUCCUCAUCAUGGUGCUGGUGGAUUACAGCAUUGAGGACACCUAUACCCAGAAGCUGAGCGUGCCCAGUGGCGUCUCCGUGACAGCCCCAGAGAAGCGGGGCUGGGUCAUCAACCCCCUAGGGGAGAACAGCUCCUUCCCCGUGUGGAUGAUGGUUGCCAGCCUGCUACCGGCUAUCCUGGUCUUCAUUCUGAUCUUCAUGGAGACACAGAUCACCACGCUGAUCAUCUCCAAGAAGGAGCGGAUGCUGCAGAAGGGCUCCGGCUUCCACCUGGACCUGCUGCUCAUCGUGGCCAUGGGCGGCAUCUGUGCCCUCUUUGGCCUGCCCUGGCUGGCUGCUGCCACCGUGCGCUCCGUCACUCACGCCAACGCGCUCACCGUGAUGAGCAAGGCUGUGGCGCCUGGGGACAAGCCCAAGAUCCAGGAGGUCAAGGAGCAGCGGGUAACUGGGCUGCUGGUUGCCCUGCUUGUAGGUCUCUCCUUGGUUAUCGGGGAUCUGCUCCGGCAGAUCCCCCUGGCCGUGCUCUUUGGAAUCUUUCUGUACAUGGGAGUCACCUCCCUUAACGGGAUCCAGUUCUAUGAGCGGCUCCACCUGCUGCUCAUGCCCCCCAAACACCACCCAGAUGUGACCUACGUCAAGAAGGUUCGGACCCUCCGAAUGCACCUGUUCACAGCCCUGCAGCUGCUGUGCUUGGCCCUGCUCUGGGCAGUCAUGUCCACGGCCGCCUCCCUGGCCUUCCCCUUCAUCCUCAUCCUCACGGUGCCCCUUCGCAUGGUGGUGCUCACGCGCAUCUUCACAGAGCGAGAGAUGAAAUGCCUGGAUGCUAAUGAGGCGGAGCCAGUGUUCGAUGAGCGGGAGGGCGUGGACGAGUACAACGAGAUGCCCAUGCCUGUGUAGCUGCUGCCCGGACCAACAGCCAAGGGACAGAUGGACAGAGGGAGCAGGGGCUUGGGGUGGGGGGGGCUCUCUCUAGCCCUCCCUCGUUUUUAUUUAAGUGAAUAAUUUAAAGUCCCCAUACCACCCCCACAGUAAAGCGCUUCGGCCCCCACCUA